AUGGCCAAGAAAAAUAAUUACUAUCCCAUCUCGACGAAGGAAAUAAUAAGUAGCAAUGCGUGUACGGGAAAGAAUCUUGUGCAGCUGGCUCAGAACAGAUAUAUAACUAUUCAUGAGAAUAAUAUCAUCAACCCUUAUAAAAAACUAGAAAAUAAAAUCCGGAUUUAUUUUGACGUAGGAAUCGAAAUUAAGCUUGGCGAAGGACAAGUUUACUUUGAGGGCAAAAAAGUAAAUGGUAAAACUGAAGAUGAGAUUUUAAUGUGGUACAUGGGCUACUUACACAUAUUUCGCCGCAGAAUCAAAAAUGGGGGAUGGUAUGUUGGCACCUCUUUAACAUCCAUGGACUUCAAUGGAUACCAAAUAUCAGAUUUCAUGUGGCGUAACAACCCUCAGUACAGGAGGUUUAUUAAAUCCUGGGAGUCCUUAGAAAAUCUAGUAGACAAGAGGAGACAUUAUCCAGGCUUGACUCCAGAGGGAUUAGCGAUAGAGAUACAACGAAAGGCAUCUCACGAAAAGUUAGAGAGACUGAAAUUGGAUAAUCUUCAGCCGUCAGAUGCCCAUGGCAUUAUUUCAAGCUUUACAUGGUACGGGGAUCGUACAUCGGGACACUCAGCGUAUUUAUGA